CCUGCUUGCAGGCAUUUCCAUGCGUUCUUUUUUCAGUUGUGUUAGUAAGUGAGGGGGUCUCCGUUGACAAACAUGACCGCAGGCAGCAUCACCGUGCCGCUCAUCAUUCCGAUCCGGGUGCCGCCGCCGGGAAAAGCCAAACAUGAGAUAGACACUGCCACACCCGUCGAGAUCAAAUCAGACACCUGUGAUGUAAGUGUGUACUUCACUCUGGACGGCACUAAACCGGACCUGAGCAGGAGGAGACCAGGGCUCGGGGAGGGCAGCACCCUUAGGUACACCUCACCUGUCUGCUUACCAGCAGGGAAGGUGACCGUAAAGGCCUUGGCCGUCAGAAGUGAUGGCAGGGAGAGUGCUGUUGUCACCAAGGUCUUCCUGGUAGAACCCGCCAUCCAUGGAGAGAAGAAGGACGACACCGAGACCAAGCCGGUUGACGAACCGGACGCAACUCUCCUGGCCACCACUGUCGAGAACGGUUCUGGGGACGUUCCAACAGCCAUGAGGGUAUCCAGUGGUGGCAUCUGCAGAACCCCCUCCGGCCCCUCAGGCCCCCGGUUCCUCAGCCAGCGCCUGGGGAACCCGACUCCAACAAGGGGCGUAUCCGACCCUCAACACACAAAGAUUGUCAACCCAGCAGAGAGUCCUCUCAGAAACCUGACCAACACACACAUGUCUAGAAUUCAACGAGAGACGGACUUUCUCAGGUGUUCUUCUUGUCUAAGCCAUCGUCCGUCGGACCCAUUUGCUCGGUUCUGUUUGAACUGUGGGGCCACCGUACCCCCGGUGCCAGGGCAGAGACUCCCACCAACCGAGGGAGGACAGAUGGCCGUGUGUGUGUCCUGUAAAGCGCUGGUUCCGGUGAACACCUCGUCCUGUGUGGUGUGUGAGACCCCCAUGGCCCCUCAGCUCCAGCCCAACACUAUAAUACCCCAGGCCAGCCUCACACUGCAGGACAAAGUAAUCUGUCAGUCAUGUGGGACAGGAAACCCGUCACACAUCAACUGCUGUGUCACAUGUGAGGCCCGCCUACCACAACCUGCCACACCAGUGUUCAAUGGCCUUAGUGCUCCUCCGCUGCCCUGCUCUGAGGGUAAUAUGAUCUCCUGCUCCAAGUGCCGACGCCUCAACCACUCAGACGCCCGCUACUGUGACUGGUGCGGCGCCAAGCCAGGCCAUGUGGCGCGGUACCUGACGUGUUCCCGUUGCGGGUCCAGCUCGCACCCCUAUGCGAGCUUCUGCGGCCGCUGUGGCGUGUUCCUGGAGGGGCCUCACCGGGUGCAGUCCCGCUGCAGCUCAGCAGGGGGAGCCCCGCAACAAGAGAUGGCUGCCGGGGACGGUCACGGUGUCGUCUGGCAGGUGCCCUCCACCAGUGGCCCGUCCUUCCCACAGACGCAUGUGCUGGCGUCGGCUGCGGCGGCGGACUGCGUGGACGCAGAGACGCAGACGGCGGGACUGUUCUAUCCGUCGGCCACGCAGCUGCAUCAGAGAGGCCAGCAGGAGGCGCUGCAGCAGCUCAGACAGGAAAUGAUGCGGGACAGGAGGCCUCCACUCACCACCAUCAGUCCAGGAAGAGGAUACUGGCGAAAGCAGCUGGAUCAUAUCAGCUCUCACUUGCGCAGCUACACACAGAACAAUCUAGAGUUCCGCAGUCUGAUAGGAGAGCCUCGCAUGGGCCGGAUGGUCUCUGCAACAAUCGAGCAGGACAACUUUGAGGUCAGCCUCAGAGUCACCUUUGUUGCGGCCACGCCGGACAAACCAAAGACCCCAGAGGAGGUGGAGCUGAAGAGGCCCAUGGCUCUGAGUGAGAUUGUUAAUCUGAGCAGUGUCACGGAGGGGGCACGAGACAACGGACAUGUAGUGGAGAACGGUUCCACUCCUGCUGGUCAGAGGAAAGGCCCGAGGACCCAGAAGAGGGGUGUGGAGAAACAGCCGCCAAUCAAAGACAGUCUGUUGUUGAAGGAGGCGGGGCCUGAAGGUAGGGGGCGUGUCGAGGAGGUGCAGCAGCUACUGGAGGAGGGAGCCGACCCGUCGUGCCAAGACAGUAAUGGUAAUCCAGCCCUGGUUGUCGCGGUAACAAACAGUCACCAUGAGAUCAUUCCUGUGCUGGUGCAACGAGGAGCCGACAUUAACCGCCAAUCAGGACCACUCAACAACACGGCCCUGCAUGUGGCUGCUGCCAUGGGCAACCGCGGCCUGAAGAGCGCCGAGACUCUGCUGGGGUGUAACGCCAGCCUGAAGAAGAAGAACAGUCGAGGUCAGACGGCGUACGAAGUGGCGAUCAGCUCCGACUGCCGGGAGCUGGUCUCCCUCAUUGCCGCGCGCACCGGUCAGGGUCUGCUGGACCGCCUCGCAAAACCCAGAGCCCAGUCCGGGCUGGACGUAUUCUGAGAAAAGUGAACUUUGACCUCUGGCCUUGGGAGUCCCCAGUACAGAUGGAUGUUAGGUGGACGACACAUCCUGAGGUGUAAGGAGCUGAUACAUCUCUGGUUAAUCAGGGCUCUGUUAGCCCCGCUGCAAAUCAACUGCAUCAGAAAGAGAAAAUCAUGAGAAUUGAUUAAUUACUACACUAUUGCACAUGACUGGAUAGUAAUACAGUUAUCAUGGAGGCUUUGGUGCAAUCAUUCUAUUUUGGAAAACUCACUUCAAUAUGUUUUCUUACACAAGGCACACUUAAAAUAUGCAUUUUCUUUGCAACGAUUCUGAUUGCUGUCGUCAAAACAAAUGCAACCUAUUAAGGCUAGCUUAAUUGAUGUUUGCCAUCAAGCUAGUAUAUUGUGGAAUUGAAUUAUUCAAUGUUCAAAGUAACAUGAUACCUCACACAA